GUUGAAAGCUGCAGAUACCACGAGAGUCGACGCCACGUUUCCGGAUUUGCAAAAAACUCGCUGGGAUUAUUUUGGGCGGGAUGGUUCUUUCAUUUAUCAUUGUUCAGAAUCGCCAGGGCAAGACGCGCCUGGCGAAAUGGUAUUCCCCUUACAGUGAUGAGGAGAAAAUAAAGCUCAAAGGCGAGGUCCACCGCCUUGUCGCGCCGAGAGAUCAGAAAUACCAGUCGAACUUUGUCGAGUUUAAACGGAGUACGAAGAUUGUGUAUCGGAGAUAUGCCGGGCUAUUCUUCUGCGUCUGCGUGGAUGCAAACGAUAAUGAGUUAGCGUAUUUGGAGGCUAUACAUUUCUUCGUCGAGGUGCUGGAUCAAUUCUUCGGGAAUGUGUGCGAGCUGGACUUGGUGUUCAAUUUCUACAAGGUCUACGCUAUAUUAGACGAAGUGUUCCUCGCGGGCGAGAUUGAGGAAACCAGCAAACAGGUCGUGCUUACACGGUUGGAGCAUUUGGACAAGUUGGAGUGAGAGACAAGCAAACAGAUGGAUUGUUUCGCAUAUGGGCUUGGGAUUAUUUGAACUUCUCUUGCCAAGGGUUUUGCAUCCGAGUUACACUGUCAUUGCAUGGAGUUAUGGGGUUUGCGAUAUGAUUUGAUAUCAUUAUUUAUAUCACUGUAUGUACGUCAUACGGUAUGGGGGCGCUUUAGGAUCUUACCAUCUUACCAUCUGUUAUUCUGCCUAGAGAUGGCUGUAUUUAAUCCAGAUCAUUAAUAUAUAGAAGCUCCAUUGGAGUCUUGGAAGUACGUCAGGAGAUGCGUCAUGGCAUUCAGAUGCCACUUUUCCCUUGUCUCUAGCUAUCCGGA